CCUGUGCGUCAUGACGUAUUUGAUCUUCCUCGCGAGGCGCUUCAGGCGAAGCUCUGUGAUAUUGUUUAGCAUUGAACCGUCGCCAUGUCUAAAGAGACGCCUCGUGAGCCCGAGCAGAUGCGAAAGCUCUUCAUUGGGGGUCUGAGCUUCGAGACAACAGAUGAGAGCCUUCGUGCACAUUUUGAACAAUGGGGAACGCUGACUGACUGUGUGGUGAUGAGGGAUCCAAACACUAAGAGGUCCAGGGGGUUUGGAUUCGUGACCUACAGCUCGGUGAAUGAAGUCGACGCAGCAAUGGACGCUCGGCCUCACAAAGUCGACGGGAGAGCCGUCGAGCCCAAAAGAGCCGUCUCACGAGAGGACUCGUGCAGACCGGGUGCUCACUCCACAGUGAAGAAGAUCUUCGUUGGAGGAAUCAAAGAGGAUACAGAUGAGGAGCAUCUGCGCGACUACUUCAGCCAGUUUGGCAAAAUCGAGGAAGUGAAUAUCAUGACAGAGAAGAACAGCGACAAGAGGAGGGGCUUCGCUUUCAUUACGUUUGACGACCACGACUCCGUGGACAGGAUCGUCAUUCAGAAGUAUCACACAGUGAACGGUCACAACUGUGAAGUGAGGAAAGCACUUUCCAGAGAAGAGAUGAACAGGGUGUCCAUGAACAACAGAGGUGGCCGCGGAGGCGGUGGAGGAAACUUCGGCAGUCGAGGAGGUGGAGGAUACGGAGGUGGAUACGGAGGAGGUGGAGGAGGGCGUGGCGGAUAUGGAGACGGAUACGGAAAUGGUUAUGGAGGAAACGGUGGUUAUGGUGGAGGCGGUCCUGGGUACGGUGGUAACCGUGGAUACGGAGGAGGAGGUGGAGGAGGCGGUGGCUAUGGCAACCAGGGUGGCGGUGGUGGAUACGGAGGCGGAGGAUACGACAACUACAAUGGUGGUGGGGGCGGAGGAAACUAUGGAGGAGGAAACUUUGGAGGUGGUGGAGGUGGCGACUACAACGACUUCGGCAACUACAACAAUCAGUCAUCCUCAAAUUACGGCCCAAUGAAGGGAGGAAAUUACGGAGGUGGAGGCAGGAGCGGCAGCGGUCCAUACGGCGGUUAUGGCAGUGGUUCCGGUGGAGGUGGUGGUGGCGGCGGCUAUGGAGGCGGGUCUGGAGGAAGGAGGUUCUAGUUUUAGGCCACAGUACUUAGGAGAGGAGAGCCAGAGAGAGGAUGAUGAGGAUGAGGAUGACAGGGAAAGGAGAGAGAUGAAGGAAGCAGGUUUACACACCUAGAAUCUGCCCAGCGAUAUUAACGUCUGCCACACACCAGGAGAUGUGUAUGAUAGGAGAAAGAGAAAAAUCAUGUCCGGGGGUGGGGGGUCAUGUGAGGGCAAUGUUUGUUUGUUUUGUUUUAUUUUUUUUCCCCCUCUUUUAGUAUUUUUGAUCCUGGACGAUAUUUUAUUGUUAGCUCUUUAGCUGAACAUUGAUGUCUGUGAAGUGUAAAUCAUUCCAUUGAAAUGUGAGGUCAGUUCAUUUUAUUUUUUUGGUUUUAAUUUCCUUUUUUCAAGUUUUGUUUUUUCCCCCCAGGGCUUUUCUUAUGUAAUCCGCCAUCAAUCACGAUGAAAUAAAUCGCUGCUGUUUUUUUUUUUUUUUUUAAAUUUAACUCUAUAUUCCUCAGUGUUUUUACUUCGUCUCAGUAUUUGCUCAUUAAAAACUUCAAGUAAAUUCCAACAAUGAAAAAAAGUACAGAGUAUUGAGAAGACAAACAAUAAAGACAAUAAUGUACUGCACAUAGA